GCAAAUUGAUACCCAUUAAAUUGAUACCCAUCAUUUGUCAAAACGAUACCCAUUAAAAUUGCCGAAGUCACUUGGUGGCGUUGUAAUCACGGUGCAAAAGCUCGGAAAUUCCAACUCGAAUCUUGUAAUCUAUAAGAUUUGAGGAAGAAAGAAGAGGUGGGCAGAGAGAUUCGUCUUUAGAGAAUUAGCUUAUCCAUGGCUCGGAGUAUCUCCUACGUAACAGGCGCUCAGCUAGUCUCUCUCAAACGCCGCCCAAACAUCGCCAUCAUAGAUGUCAGGGAUGACGAAAGGAGUCACGAUGGGCACAUAGCAGGGUCUUUGCACUACGCCAGUGGCAAUUUCUAUGAGAAGAUCUCCAAUCUCGUUCAAGAUGUCAAAGGCAAAGACACCCUCGUUUUCCACUGCGUUCUUAGCCAGGUCCGUGGCCCAUCUUGUGCACGAAAGUUCGCCAAUUAUCUUGAGGAGGCGAAGGAAGACACUGGAAUCAAAGACAUUUUGAUUUUGGAGCGUGGCUUCAGUGGCUGGGAAUCUUCUGGCAGACCUGUUUGUCACUGCACCAGCGUCCCUUGUAAGGGUGAGACUGGGAGUGCGUAAUGCUUGAUCAAAGGACGUACCUGUCGGGCAGGAAGCAUGUUGUUUGCGCAUUGCUACAGGCUAUCUGCUUAUAAAAUGCAUAUAUAGACAACUGUAUUGACUAAUAAAUUAGAAUAUGCGACUGUCAUUGCUGCUUCAGCUCUGUUCAGUCUCCCUUUUAUUACAUAAUGUUUUUGAAGAUGAACAAGGAAACCCAUUAAUGGACAGCAUAUUUUACCAUUUAAUU